CAGCUUUGCAUGGUUGCCGCCUGACAUCCUUCUGCACUGCCUCCGAGAUGGCAGAACAGCGAUACUGCGUGGACUACGCCAAGCGAGGCACUGCUGGCUGCAAAAAGUGCAAAGAGAAGAUUCUCAAAGGGAUGGUGCGCAUUGGGAAAGUGGUGCCCAAUCCCUUCUCUGAAUCCGGUGGGGACAUGAAGGAGUGGUAUCACGUCAAGUGCAUAUUUGAGAAGCUGGAAAGGGCUCGGGCCACGACCAAGAAGAUCGAAGAUAUCACAGACUUGGAAGGCUGGGAGGAACUGCAGGAGGCUGAAAAGGAGAUGAUCAAUCAGCACAUCUCAGACAUUUCUUCCAAAACUUCAAACACUCCAAAGAAAAAAGCUGUUAUCCAGGCAAAGAUUUCUCCUAGUGGACAAAUAACAUCACCCAAGAAAAUGCCUCUGGUUUCUUCAAAUCCUUCACCGAGGAAAUUUUCAGGUUUUGCAGCAAAGUCAGGCACUCCUGAAGAAACAGCCAGCUCUGGCUCUUCUCACAAGCCCAGUUUGUCCACCGAGAAGAGUGAUCCGAAACACAAGGACUGUUUGCUGCGGGAAUUCAGAAAGCUGUGUGUAAUGGUGGCUGACGAAUCCAGUUAUAAUGUAAAAACUCAGAUAAUUCAGAACUUCUUACAGAAGGGAACCAGUGGAGAUGGCUUUCGGGGUGAUCUCUACCUAACCAUCAAGCUACUCUUGCCCGGAGUCAUUAAAAGUGUUUACAACUUGAAUGACAAGCAGAUCGUGAAGCUCUUCAGUAGGAUAUUCAACUGCAGCCAGGAAGACAUGGUCCGAGACCUUGAGAAGGGUGACGUUUCAGAAACGGUGCGGAUCUUCUUUGAGCCAAGCAGGUCUUGCCCUCCUGCUGCCAAGAGCCUUUUGACAAUCCAGGAAGUAGAUGAGUUCCUGACGCAGCUAUCCAAACUUUCCAAAGAGGAGGAGCAACAGAACCUACUGCAAGAAGUUGCAUCAAGACUUGAUGCAUUGGACCCCAAUGCUUAUGAGGCUUUCAAAGCAUCCCGUAACCUCCAUGAUGUGGUGGAGCGAGUGUUGAAGAACCAGCAAGAAUCUCAGCCAGGCAUGAAGAAAAUUCUUAGUGUCCAGGCAGCUCUGAUGACGCCGGUUCAGCCCAUGCUGGCUGAAGCUUGCAAAUCGAUUGAAUAUGCCAUGAAAAAGUGUCCCAAUGGCAUGUAUUCAGAAAUUAAGUAUGAUGGAGAGCGUGUCCAAGUGCACAAGAAGGGAGACCAUUUCUGCUAUUUCAGCCGCAGUUUGAAACCCGUUCUCCCUCACAAGGUGGCUCAUUUCAAGGACUUUAUCCCCAAGGCCUUUCCAGGAGGACACAGUAUGAUCUUGGAUGCUGAAGUUCUUCUGAUCGACACCAAGUUGGGGAAGCCUCUGCCUUUUGGGACCCUGGGAGUGCAUAAGAAAGCUGCUUUCCAGGAUGCCAAUGUUUGCCUUUUUGUCUUUGACUGCAUCUACUUCAAUGACGUCAGUUUGAUGGACAGGCCUCUGCGCGAGCGUCGCAAAUUUCUCCACGAUAACAUGGUGGAAAUUCCCAAUCGAAUUCUCUUUUCAGAGAUGAAGCAUGUCACGAAAGCUUCAGACCUCGCCGACAUGAUCAACCGAGUCAUCCGGGAAGGGCUGGAGGGAUUGGUGCUGAAAGAUGUGAAGAGUAUUUAUGAACCAGGAAAACGCCACUGGCUCAAAGUGAAGAAGGACUAUCUGAAUGAGGGAGCAAUGGCAGACACAGCAGACCUGGUGGUUUUGGGUGCCUUCUAUGGCCAGGGGAGCAAAGGUGGGAUGAUGUCCAUCUUUCUCAUGGGUUGCUAUGAUCCCGACAGCCAGAAGUGGUGCACAGUGACCAAAUGUGCUGGUGGACAUGAUGAUGCCACACUUGCCCGGCUUCAGAAAGAAUUGGACAUGGUGAAAAUCAGCAAGGAUCCCAGUAAAAUUCCAGACUGGUUAAAGAUUAAUAAGAAUUAUUAUCCGGAUUUCAUUGUUCCAGACCCAAAGGCAGCACCAGUCUGGGAGAUUACAGGCGCUGAAUUCUCGAAAGCAGAGGCCCACACAGCUGAUGGGAUCUCAAUCCGCUUCCCCCGGUGUACUCGUAUCCGGGAUGACAAAGAUUGGACUACCUCCACCACCCUCCCACAACUCAAGGAGCUGUACCAAAUAUCUAAAGAAAAAUCGGACUUCUUGGUAGUUGCAGCAGAAGAGGAGAACUCCACAACGGGCAGCAGCGGAGAAACUGAGGGCCAGCCCAAAUUGUCUUCUCCUCAGAAGGCUGCAAAACCACAAUCCAGGAAGUCUCCUGCGAAAGCCAAGAAGCCUGAAGCCAGCAAACUGCUAGAUAAAUCUCCACUGAAGAAAACUGAGGGAAAGCGCGGAGAAAAAAGGAAAGCAGCCGAGAUGGAGGAGGACAAAAGAAAGCAGAUGCUACUGGACGUAUUCACUGGGGUUAAGCUUUAUCUUCCCCCAUCCGUGGAGGGUUUCAGGAAACUCAAGCGUUAUUUCGUAGCCUAUGAUGGAGACCUGGUUCAGGAGUAUGAUGCCACUUCAGCAACACAUGUGAUGGGGAGGAUGGAAGACAACCCAGCUGCUAAGCAUGUCUCCCCUGAGUGGAUUUGGGAAUGCAUCCGAAAGAGAAGACUGGUGACUCCAUGCUAGAUUAUCUGCUGUAAGCAAAUAGCUCCAAUGAAAAACAGUGAUUAAAUGUAGAGACUUCUUAACUGCAUCCAUUAAAUGAUCACCAUCUGGAAUGAAUUAAGUACCUAAUGAAAAAAA